GGAGACUGCGCUAGCGUCAUCACGGGGCGACGGGAGGGAGCGCGAGAGGCGCCUCGUGCGGGGAAGGGGGAGUGAUCCCCGAAGACGUUCGUCGCAGAAGGCGCGAUGGCGGCGGAGACAGACGACGAAGGCGCGGUCCCAGUUCCGGCGGCGCUUCCUCCCUUCGGCGGCCAGCUGCCCUCCUUCGAGGCGGCGCGGGCGCUGACGGAGAGCCGCUACUCCUGCCUGGUGGUCAUGCCUCACCGGAGGCACGUCGCCCUCCCGCCGCGCUUCCUCCACCGGAAGCGGACUGGGAUCUGCCUCCAGUUGGACGCCGAGUUGCGCCGCUUCUCCGAGAGUUUCCAAGGUGUCCCUGUGGCGUAUGAUGAUAUCAAAAUAACCAAAGAACUGGGAGAUAUAAUAGAUGACAUUGGGGCUAUCCAUCUGGACAUUGAAGCAAGUUUUGUAGUCUUUCAGCCUCAAGCUGGAAGAAAACUUGUGGGUAUAAUCAAUAAAGUGGCACCUAGCCACAUAGGUUGCCUGGUACAUGGAUGCUUUAACGCUUCUAUCCCCAAGCCAGAUCAUCUCUCGAUCGAUGAAUGGAAAAACCUUGGUUUUGAGAUUGGCAACACGCUGGUGUUUAAAGUGUCACAUUUUGAUUCAGAUGCUGCUGGAGUGUUCUGCAUCAGAGGAAAAUUGUAUAGAAACAGCACUGGAGAAAAGAUUCCAAAAGAAAAGCACAAGAAAAAACACGAGAAGCAUCUUGAUGGGCAGAAUGGUAUCGAGGAGAUGGAGAUUGACUUAGCGACUACUGACCCUGACAGAGAAAUGGAUCCCAAGGACAUUGAUAAUGGGAUAUGUGAUAUGGCAGAUACAGAGGCUGGUCAAAACGUAGCAGAUUCAGGAACACAUGCCAGUGACUCAAGCGGCUACCACAGUGAUCAUGCCACAUCUAAGAAAAAGAAGAGAAAACAUUGUGAGGAAGACAAUGGACUCCCUGCAUUCUCACAGUCAAAAGCUAAAAAGAAGAGAAAAGAAUGAGAAAUAGAGUAAAGCUAAAGUGCCUUCAACUGAAUGUGGAACUCAUCUCUCAGGCUGGAUCUAUACUGCCUUAUAUUCCAGGAUCUGAUUCCAGAUUAUCUGCUUUGAACUGGAUUAUAUGAGUCCACACUGCAGAUAAUCUGGGAUCAGAUCCUGGGCUAUAGGGCAGUGUAGAUCCAGCCUCAGAUGUAUUAUGCUUCAUUUUAGUGUUAAUGGUUUUUUGAUUUGCAGUUGUUUCAUUGGAAAUGUUGCAUACAGAAUCACGUGGAAGACUUAUAAAAGCAGUUAGCCAAAUAUGAAAAA